AUGAAUUCUUCACAAUUUCGUUGUCUGUCAAAUCAUUGCAUCGAUUCUGAUUUACAAUGUGAUGGUAUUCGUUCGUGUGCUGAUGGUUCUGAUGAAACAAAUGAUUGUUUAAAACAAACAUCCUUAAAUCGUACCAGAUCAUCAAAAUUACCAUCGAGAAAAUUUAGUGAUUCAUUAGUAAAAGUAUCGAUUGUCUUUGGUUCAUUGUUGAUCAUCGUAUCGCUUAUCAUCGGUUUAACAUUCGUUUACUUACAACGCAAACGUAAACAUCGACAUUUUACAUAUUCAUUAGAUAAUUCUGAAGACUGGGAUUAUCAUCUUUUUGAUAACAGACGAGAACCAACAGAAACAGUACCAAUAACAAAUAGAUUGUUUUAG